AUGAGCUGGAAAUCUGCAAAAGAACUGACGGCGUUUGCUGGACUAAUUAUAACGAUGCAUAUGGCCUACUACGCCAUCCAGAACAACCCUGGAAUGGUACCACCACAUGCGCGACAAGAACUCUUCUACGUCCGAUGGUUAAAAGAAAAGAUACCCGCAUUGCAAGGAUAUGGAAUUAAAGGAGAAACACGGGACGACAAGAAC